UAUGUUGGCAGUCAAUAACACAACAAAAUUAACAAAUGAUCAACGUAGUAAACAAACGAAAAUCUCGUUGGAAAAUCAUAUAAAUCUUGAAGAUAAACAGUUUGAAAGUGAAGACGAAACACUACAAAAGAAACUUAUGUCUUUUGACGAUACUAUUGAAACGGAAAUAGUAAAGAUUAAUGACGAUUGUAUAAAACAAAAGAAAGUACUUGACGACUUUGUAAAAGAGUUAAUAAGUUCAAUUCACAGGCAAAGGGGAAGGUUAGCCGAUGAGAUUGAUGUAUUUUUUGACGAAAAGAAAUCAAAUUUAAAGCAAGCUCUUACAGAUACAAUUCAAUUAAAGGAUUUCAAGAGAAAUCUUUCAAAUCCAGUCCUUUAUCGAAAUGUACAGAAAAUGACUAAAGAAUUAAUAUAUACAACCGAAAAUCUUUUUAAUAAAACUGGUACUUUUACAGAAGAUUGUAGCUUUAAAGCUAAAACUAUUGGAACGCUUACUAGGCCUAUAUACGAGAAACCUAUAAAACAAUCUACAAUGGAACUAAAAUCAGAACCAAUAAAAGUAAUCUCUACAAAGGAAGGCUUUAUAACAUUACAAGAUAAUCGUCAAAUCUAUUAUCUUAAAACUGGUAAAGGUAUGAUAUGGAAGAAAGGAUCAAUAUUAGAUAUAGCAUCAACCUACGAUAAUCAUCUAUCUUAUAUAACUUAUAAUGAUUCAAAAUUCUAUUGUAAAAUCAUUAAUUUAGAUAAUUUCGUUGGUAUUAUAAAAUGCCUUUUACAAAGAAAAGUUCUCAAAUCUAAAGUUAUGUUUGGAGUAUUUAAACAUAACAUCAUACUCACAACGGAUGUUGGAAAGACUUACUAUUUUAAGAAACCAUCUUUAAAAGAAACAGUAUCGAAUGGUAGAAACGCUAAAGAUGAACAAUUAGCAGUUAUUGCCCACAAAGCCUAUAUGGAUGGUUUAUGCGUCGAGUACGAAAACUAUAUAGAAUACUUUUCUGAUCAUCAAAUCGAUUCAAUAAUUAUAAAUAUUGAAAAAUCUAAUAAAGAAAACUAUUCAAUGUACGAGAACGUAAUUAACAAGUUGAACGAUGGUCAUAGAAUCCUACCUGAUAAUGAGAAAAUUAUUAUAUUUAACAUUAAAUUUCAAGAAGCUAUAUCAAUUGAAAAUGAAAAGAUAUUCCCCGGGAAAAGGUUAUUGGAAUAUCAAUUAACAGAUGAUGAAAUAAUAUUCUGUCUAUCGGAUAAUGAAAAUCCUAAAAAGUUAUAUUUUCAACAUUAUCCCCGAUUGGAAAAUAGAAAUUAUUAA